AUAGACGGACCGAUCAUAGACUACGCCGGCUGGAGAGGACGCUGGUGCGGUGGGGCGCCUUUCCCCCUCGCCUCCCAAGAUGGCGCAGCAGGUGAACAUCACGGAGCUUUCGCUGCCGCAGCUGGAGGUGCUGAAGAACCAGCUGGACCAGGAAGUGGAGUUCCUUUCUUCAUCCAUUGCACAACUUAAGGUGGUGCAGACAAAAUAUGUGGAAGCCAAGGACUGUCUGACAGUUUUGAAUAAAACCAAUGAAGGUAAAGAGCUACUGGUCCCACUUUCCAGCUCUAUGUAUGUUCCUGGGAAGCUUUCCGAUGUUGCUCAUGUCUUGAUAGAUGUAGGAACAGGUUACUAUGUAGAAAAGUCAGUGGACGAUGCCAGAGAUUUCUUCAAGAGGAAGAUUGAUUUCCUGACGAAACAGAUGGAGAAAAUCCAGCCGGCACUCCAGGAGAAGCACGCAAUGAAGCAAGCUGUAAUAGAGAUGAUGAGCCAUAAGAUUCAGCAACUAACAGCAGCGGGGACCUCACAGGCAGCAGCAGCAAAGGCCUAGCAAACACUGGUCACACACAUGCCUUCGCAGUUCACCAUUUUGUGAUGUAAACCCGAAUUGCUCCCCCAGGAUGCAGCUCUCCAUUCAUCUGUGCAGCUGAGGGUGAGGAGGGGGGGGGACGUUAGUUGUUUUAAUAAAUACGGGAUUGUGAUAUAACAAAAUCUUUUCUGGGAACAAUUACCAUUUUGAGGAUUCCAUCCUUUUAAGGCGGCGGGCUUUCGCUAAUUUUAUUCUUGGGCUGGUUGUUAUGUAUUGCUCUGAUUGUGACAUGAGACGGCCUUUCAUUUUUAAAGCCCAGUGGGAAAUUUUUGUCACUUGUAAAUGGAAUUGUACAAAAUAAACUGGUAGGAUGAGAGAAAGUGCAAUGUGUGUGAA